AUGAAGUCUUUGGUGUUUGUAGCUGUCUGUUUCGGUUUUGCAAGUUGUCGUCUUCUAUGGGAGAGUCCCCAUAGCGUUGACACUGGAGACGAAAGAAACCACUUCUAUGUCAUUAGCCAUGGGACAUUUGGUCAGGAUGACUCGCUGACGCAUGCGCACGAUCCAACUGACUACCAUAGAAACGUAAUGAAAGUGAAGUAUGCUGACGGUUCCUACUCAGGGACGGAUCACCGAGGUGUGCAGUUCUACUCGCAACCGCCGGGGGUGAAAGGUCAUUCUGAACUGACGCUCAGUUAUGACGUAUACUUUGCACAUAAUUUUGAUUGGGUGCGAGGCGGUAAAUUACCUGGAUUGUGGGGAGGAGUACAGACAUGCUCCGGUCAUCGAGAUACGGAACACUGUUUCUCCACUCGUUUCAUGUGGCGAAGCCAUGGUGACGGGGAGGUGUAUGCCUAUAUCCCGCACAAUCAGUAUCCCAGCUACAGCUCGUGGUGCUCCAAUAGCCACAUUAUCUGCAACUCCAACUCUGGACAAUCCAUCGGAAGAGGAGACUUUGUUUUCCAGAAAGAAAGAUGGCAAAAACUCACGCAGUACGUGAAGCUGAAUGACGUCGGCAGCCAUAACGGUGUACUGAAAGUCUGGCUCGAUCACAAGCUUGUUUAUCACACUUCUUCUCUGGUGUUCCGCAAACAUAGUUCUAUUCACAUUGACGGUAUGUUCUUCUCAACGUUUUUCGGGGGUGGUGACUCGGACUGGGCGUCAACGAACGACACAUACACGUUAUUCCGGGACUUCCGUUUAUACGACACUCACAUGGACCCAGCCGGUAUCGCAUUCGGAUAA